UUUGCACAGUGAAGGCCCAUGACUAUGCUGUUGUAGGCGAUGAAAUGAGCCUCAUUCAGCCAUGUGAUGAUACCGAAGAUGAUGGAACAACAAAAUUGGGUGAAUUAGCUACAUUUAAUUUGCAACAUGAUUAUGCCGAGGAUAUGGAGACAAUAAUUUCGAAUGGUAAUUUUACCAUUAAUGUCGAUUUAUCCGGCGCACCGAUUUUGGGUGAUAUGGAAAUCUUCAAAUGGGAACGUGGUCAUUGGGUUAAUACCGUCUUUUCAUUAAAACGUGACGAUACCUGUGCCGCUCUAGCUGAUCCAUCUGAAUUUUGGUAUCCACUUAUUGCACAAUUUCCCGAAGAGGAUCGUGUAUGUCCACCACCAAAGGAUAAAGUUUUCAUUAUAAAUGGCAUCAAAAAUCGUCUGGAAUUGCGAGAUGUCAACUUUCAUGGUGACCUAUCCGGGAAAUAUAAAGCUAUGAUCCAUUUUACCAUGGGUAAAUAUACGACAUGUUUAUCAAGUGUGGUAAAUGUUUGGACUAUUUAA